AUAUUGAUGAGGGGGGGGGCCUGGGCCAGCCAAUGGGGAGCUGGGGGUGUGUGUGUGUAACUCCAUAUAUAUACAUAGGGCUGGGCCAGCUCAGGUGUGUAUGUGUCUGUGAGUGUGAGUGCGGCUAGCCCCAGUACCUGGCCAAGCCCACCCCCUCCACCUGGGCCCUACAUCCCCACCAUGUGUAGCGCUCUCAUCUGCCCUGGAGCCUGUACAGCCAUGCCACGCUGCCCCUGAGAGCUCUAGAAAGCUGGUCACUAAUUUUGCAGACGGAUGAGCCCCGAGCAGCCAGAGGAGACUGGGGCUGUCAACGCUGCCCCCUGUCCAGCUUGGAUCCCCUGACAGGGUCCUCCUAGGCUCCAGACUGGAACCCUGACCAUGGAACCCUGAAGUGGCUCUGACUUCCAGAGCUCAGUGGCAGACCCCACCACCCCAGGCCCUUCCUGCCCCUCCCACAACCAGCUUUCAAGCGCCCGGAGGGAGGGGUGGGGAGGAGAUUCUGAUCUCACAGGGCAGGGGGCUUCCAUCAUGAUGCUCAACUCAGACGCCAUGGAGCUGGACCUACCUCCCACCCACUCGGAGACCGAGUCGGGCUUCAGCGAUUGUGGGGGCGGGGCGGGCCCUGACGGUACUGGCCCCGGAGGUACCGGAGGAGGCCAAGCCCGGGGCCCAGAGCCGGGAGAGCCUGGCCGGAAAGACCUGCAGCACCUGAGCCGGGAGGAGCGCCGGCGCCGGCGCCGCGCCACCGCCAAGUACCGCACGGCCCACGCCACGCGGGAGCGCAUCCGCGUGGAAGCCUUCAACCUGGCCUUCGCCGAGCUGCGCAAGCUGCUGCCCACGCUGCCCCCUGACAAGAAGCUCUCAAAGAUUGAAAUCCUGCGCCUCGCCAUCUGCUAUAUCUCCUACCUGAACCAUGUGCUGGACGUCUGAGCUCGGCCUGUCUCCUGCCCUGGAUUCUCCCCUCCUUCAGGGCCUCUCUGGAGUCCCUUCUCAUUCAUGCUCACUGCUUCGAAUGGCGCCUCCUGCCUGAGCCCCUGUCCUUGGCAUGGAGUUCCAAAGGCCCUGGGCCCAGGCAGGGUGUCCACUGGCUGGUCUGGUGGUGAAGGCGACUUACUUUUACUGACCUAGGCACCCUGAGGGCUAUCCUCAUGGGUUCCUUCUGGGGGUUGUUGCUGGAGCCCAGCUGGUCAGAAUCGUUUGCUAGUGUGGUUGGUAUGGAAUCCUUGCUGGAUUCACCAAGCCAGCCACACUUGGAGUUUUCUCUCAGCUCUUUCAUGGGCUGCCAUCCCUUCUACCCCAUGUCCAAAUUUUCAGAGACCCCAGACUCGGGCUCUGUCUCCCAUUGGUUCUAACUUCUCCUGCCCAUGGUAGGGAUGGAGCAUCAGAACUGGAAGGGAGGAAGUCCGGGGUUAGAGUGGGGAGUGGGUUUCUUCCUCCAAGAUCUCAGUCUCUCCAGCUGGGCAGAGGGGUGGGGCCCUGGGGAGGGCUGCCUCCCUCCUGUGCCGGGAACCUCAGUAGCCAGGAGUUAUGGAAAAACCCUUCCUGUUUUUCUUUUGUCCACCUUGUUCCUGUGGCUUAGCACAUACAGACCUCAGAUCUUACUUGGUAGUGAGUGCCUUGCCCUCUCUGAGCUAUUUGGCCACUUCCCUGCCCUCUCUCAUCCCUACUGUCCCAUUUCUCUCCCUCCCUGUCUGCCACUAGAGAAAGAAAAACCUAGAUCCUGGGGUAGGGGAUGACAUCCCCAAACUUCUUCCUCCAUCCCAGCCUACCCCCAAAACUUACACUGGUUCCUCCCUCAGAUGCAGGGAGGCUGCGCUAUUAUUGCUCUCUGGGAAUGCUCAGUUCUUCUGGCCCUAGGACCUAUUUAUUACAUUUUUCCUCCUUCCUUAAGCUUCCUUUGGCAAGGGAAGAGACCCCCACCCCACCUCGUGGCUUUCUGUGCCCCCCAACGUUGCCGAGCCCCACCUGCUCACUAUAGCUCAGAGUCAGCAGUAGAACAAAGGGCCUUAGACCCUGUGUAGAAGAAUUGAACUCACUGCACCUCUAUACUCCCUCCUCCCUCACACCAAACUCCUAGCUCUACAAGUAUAUUUAUUUAUGUAUUUAUUUAUUUAUUCAUCUAUUUAUUUACUUAUUUAUAAAUAUUACUAUUUAUUGCCGAGUUGUGCACUUUGGGGUAGAGUGAGGGAGGCUCCCAGCAGCUCUAGCUGGGUCUGUCUUUCUUCCUCCCUGGUUACUCCUUUCCUUUUCUUGCUCCUGCUCCAACUCCAGGUGUGUGUGAGGAUCCCCUUUGCUCACCACACCCAUAUCCCUUCCUCAGAUCCACCUGUCCUGACACCCUAGUCCUCUGGGACAGUGUCCCUCUCCCAGCUCCGGGGCUCCUGGAUGUCCUUCCUGAACUCCUUCCAUCCCCAGACAAUCCCACCCCAGUCACACCUUCCUCUUUUCUCUCUCCAGCUCUCCCCCAUGACCCUUGCUUCUUCCUGAUACCCCCAAGAACAGGCCCCAGGGGUCUGUGUCCUGUGUGUAAUUCCUUCCUGUUGCAUUUCCAAUUUCAUACAAAAAGAAAAAUUAAAGUGACCUCGUU